GUGUGUGUGUGUGUGUGUACGUGCCAUCGUCCUCGUCUCAGCUGCAGUUAAAGUCUGAGCGCUGACGGGAAACUGCAGAAAGUCUCUGUGUGACCUCCACUACAGCUCAGAAAAUGGUGACUGGAGGAUUUGUGCAGAUGCUCAGGAAGAGAAAGGAGCUCAUCCCUCUGAUCGGCUUCAUGGCGUUUGCGGCGACCGGAGCCACGUCGGCCUGCUUCUACUUCCUGUUCACCAAAUCAGAUGUUAUAUUGAACAAAACCUCAAACCCUGAACCCUGGGAGAGACUCGACCCGACUAAAGCACAGAAGCUCAUCACUAUUAAUCAGCAGUGGAAGCCGGUGGAGGAGCUGGAGAUUGUGAAGAAACUGACCAAAUAAGAUGAACAUCUCACAAUAACGUGUGUGUGUGUGUGUGUGUGUGUGUAAAACUAUACCUACUGCUGAAGAAGAUUAUAUAAAAAUGCACUGCUCCUGUUGUGUACUGUAUCAGAGCUGUAUUAUUUAUUUAUUGAACAUUGCAGAUGAUUGUGUCUCUGAUCAUUAUCACAGCACUGAACACUGAUGCUGAUCGAGUGAUUCCUCAGUGUGAUGAUUAAUGUGUAGAUUUAAUAAUCUGAAUCUCUGGGAGUCUGAAAUGUGAAUAAAAAUUAAAUGAAACUAAAUGAAA